AUGGAGGUCCCGAGAAACUCCACGGAGACCAGGAAGCGGACGGCCCUGGGCCGUUGCCAGGAUUUCUUUUGGCUGGGCGUCGUCUUCGACACGGGGGGCGCGAUGAUUCUGCUCACUGGCGUCUUCGCCGACCUGCCCUUCUACGACCUGCUGCUCUACCUGGGCCCCAUCACUAUCUUCCUCAGUCUCCUCUGGUGGGUCUUCUGGUACACCGGCAACAUCGAAUUGAGUCCUGAAGAGGCCGGGAAGAAGCCCUUCCGCAUGCCCUCCGCCACCGCCAUGGUCGAGCUGAGCCAGACGCUCAGCCGGCGCCUCCCUCUCAGCCUCAGCGUUACCACCGCUGUGGUGCGGAUGCAGCGGCGGCAGUGCCGCAGCCGCAGGAGGCUGCUUCUCCAAAGGGCUGCUUCUAUUCUGAGUCAGACCUUCAUAGGCGACUUACAACGUCGAGCAAAGGAGGACCAGGACAAAGACGGAGUGGAAAGUGUCGAGAAGCGUGGCAAUGCUGAAGAGUUUGGCAGAGAGGAUCUGGGCCCGGAAUCGGAAGCUGUCAAAAGUUCUGAGGGAGUUUGCACCCCAGGCCCCAAUGCUGGUCUGGUGCAAUCACAGUUCACUCCAUCUUCUCUGGACGGGCCUCUGCCUCUCUGUAAGAGACUGCCUGCUGUCCCUUUGUCCUCUACAGGUCCGCCUCUGGACACCCUGUCCCCUCAGAUCCAGACUGUAGCCCCCGUGGUCUCUCAGAGCCAGCCCUCAGUGUCUGUGGCUGCACAGAGGCAUCUCCAGAUCCCUGUGGCCUCAAAGAGCGAUUGCCAGAGUCUUUCUCUGGCCUCUCAAACUCAGCUUCCACCUGUUCAGGCUUCUCAAGCCCAGGCUCUGGCCACCAAGGUCUCUCUGAUACAGCUUCUGCCAGCCCCAUCUUUUCAGACCCAACUUGUGGACCCGAAGGUCACCCCAGCUGCCCAGCACUUUCAGGCCCCGUGUGACACCCAACAGGCCCCCAAAAGCACUGCUUUAGUUCAAGAGAUUGCUCUCAGCCAGUUAUCACAUGCCCAGGAGCCACCAUCGGGCCAGGAACUAAGUCAGGAAGUUCCUGACAGUGUAUCCCCACUCUCCAAGUCCCAGGCUCUAGCUACUGAGGCCCAGCAGUCAAUGCCCCAUGAGAGUGCACCCACCCUUACCACCAUGAACAGUCACCCUCACUAG